AUGGCUCGAGUCAACAGCCAGGGCUGGGAAGCCGACGACGACGGGAGCCUCCGUUUGGCUUAUCCUUCUUCUCCUGGUUAUCAGGAGAUGAAAAGUUUUCUCAAUCUGGAUUCUCCAACAACAAGCUCUUUUUCAGUCUCGACCGGCGAGUUUCUUCAUGCCGACUGCCACGAUUCCAGCUUCCUGUUGGUGGAUUCAAUUUCUGAUGCCGGAGCCUUCAUGGCUGCGACUGGACCUUCGACUAUUGACACGCCCGAGUCAAUCGUCGCUAGCACUUGUAGCGCCGGAGACAAUAACCACGAAGCUAGACUUGGCUCUUCCAAUAGUAUUGCGACAUUGCCAACGUCCAUCACGACGAUGACAACAUGUACCAGCUCCAACAGCUCCACAUACAGCCGAAACCGACGCAACAUUACCCCGAAUGGCGCCUGCCCUUUUUCUCCACUGCGAACGCCAGACACUUUUACGGACGGCGGCGAUGAGGCCGAGUAUUCGCACAUGGGCAAGUCGCAGCACCGUUGCCGAAACAGCACGAGACCCGUAAACAACGUUGUCAAGGAAGUCGUGCCACCGUCUCCCAAGCCUCCGUGUAGUAGCGGCCGCAUGCAAACAUUCCAGCCCCUGCGGAGCACUUCCCACGGGAGAUCAACGUCCUCGGAAGUCCCGCCACCGUCAUCUGUUCUGACUCGGGAUGAAUUCGAGGCGCUGCCCCCUACCAUUCAACGCAAAGUAAGUUCAUCCAGCGGACACGCUGAGAACAGACCAAGUGGCGGACUUGGGAACUGGACAAGACGGAGAGGCAAGGGCGAGGCUGGAAGUUUGGGACCGACGGCAUGA